GUGCGCAUGUGCAGACCGGGCAGCAACAAGCAUCCCUCUCAGAUCAAGAUGGCGUCGUCCAUGGGUGGGAUGUUUCCCGGUCAGCAGCCGCCCGGUCCUCAUCCCGUCGGGGGCCCGGGUGGACCGGGACAACCGGGCUUCCCCGCUCCCGCUGCCCGGACUCAGGGCAGCAACACGCUGGUGGACGAACUGGAGGCUUCGUUCGAGGCAUGUUUUGCAUCCCUGGUGAGUCAGGACUACGUUAAUGGAACAGACCAAGAGGAGAUUCGAACUGGUGUUGAUCAGUGCAUACAAAAGUUUCUGGACGUGGCUCGACAGACAGAGUGCUUCUUCCUACAGAAAAGGCUCCAGUUAUCUGUGCAGAAGCCAGAGCAGGUGGUGAAAGAGGAUGUGUCAGAGUUACGUAACGAGCUACAGAGGAAAGAAUUGCUGGUUCAGAAGCACUUGUCCAAACUGCACCACUGGCAACAAGUGCUCGAGGAUGUGAGCGUUCAACACCGCAAACCCUCGGACCUUCCUCCCCCUGGACCGCUGGCCUUUCUGGAGCAGGCCUCUGCCAGUCUGCCCCCCGCCCCUCUGAAGCCAAACUAAUACAAACUCAAGGAAAGAACACAGCACCAUGGACGUCGUGUGAUGCCCUCUGUCAACCUGUGAGGAAACUGAAGAGAGGUGUUUACUGUGCAGGGAAUUCAUUCAUUCAUUCACAAACUUCAAUGUUUCUUCAGUAUUUUGAUCCAUGUAAAUAUUUCUGCUAUCAACAUUUUUUUUUUUUUAUACUGUAAAAAAUAAAAUACAAAUUGUGAGUAUUUUGAA